AUAGAUAACUCCAACAGAUGUUAAGGCAGCCAACGCGCUCGUCAGCCAAGAAAAUCGUGUAAAAUAAAAAAACAAACGAACACCAAGUGCCGUUCAAUAAAAAGUGUAAAAAAAAAACGCAGGAACUCGAUUUUUAAGUGUAAAAUGCGACGCAUUUUAUUUGUGGCGCUGCUGGCGCUUGGUCUGGCCACACUGACUGCGGUCGGUGGCAACCACCUGCCAGAGGCUGGCCCAAACCUCAAUGAACGCUUCUUCGACGAGGUCAGGGAGCUGAUUAAGCGCCGCAUGGAGGCCAAGCAGCUGCCUUUGGCGGGCGAUGAACUGGCGCUGCAAAAUCAACGUAGCUACGACAAUGUGCCCAUACCAGCGGCCAGUGUGCCCGUGCCUGUGCUCGUAGAGAAUUGGCCAACAGAUCAGCAUAGCUUUGGUCAAGUGACAGCUGUUUCCGUUGAUCCCGAGGGCAAUCCAGUGAUUUUCCAUCGCGCUGACCGCUACUGGGAUGUAAACACAUUUAAUGAGAGCAACAUCUACUAUCUUAUCGAGUAUGGGCCCAUCAAGGAGAAGACCAUCUAUGUGCUGGAUCCCAAGACGGGCGCCAUCAAAACCGGCUGGGGCUCCGAUAUGUUUUAUAUGCCGCAUGGCAUGACAAUUGAUGGGCACGGCAACUACUGGAUAACCGACGUGGCCAUGCAUCAGGCCUUUAAGUUCCGGCCAUUUGAGAGCAAGCCGCAGCUGGUGAUUGGCAAGCGUUUCCGGCCUGGUGCCUCCGUCAAGCAACUGUGCAAGCCCACAUCCAUUGCUGUGGCCACAACAGGCGAGUUCUUCAUAGCUGAUGGCUACUGUAAUAGUCGCAUACUCAAGUUCAAUGCCGCUGGCAAACUCUUGCGCAGCAUUCCCCAACCACCCGAAUUCCUCUCGUUGCAGGUGCCACAUGCGAUUACCCUGUUGGAGCACUUGGACUUGCUGUGCAUUGCGGACCGCGAGAAUAUGCGCGUUGUGUGCCCCAAAGCUGGCCUUAAGUCGUCGCAUGGCGAGGGUCAACCGGCGGCCACCAUACAGGAACCAGAUUUGGGUCGCGUCUUUGGCGUCAGUGGCUAUGGCGACAUUGUGUUCGCAGUGAAUGGACCUACCUCUAUGCUGCCGGUGCGUGGCUUUACCAUCGAUCCGCGCUCCGAGACGAUCAUUGGCCACUGGGGCGAGUUCAAGAAUCCGCAUUCCAUAGCCGUCAACGUCAAUGGCUCGGCCCUGUAUGUAACGGAGACGGGCACCAACCACCAGACGAAUCGCGUCUGGAAAUACGUUUUGGCUUGAGGUACUAUUGGU